GGUAAUCUAGUCGAUCACUCUCUGACGGGAACACUGCUACGGCUACCCAACAAAAAGCAUAGCAGCGAAGAUGGGGAUGAGAUCAGUGGUGUCUCGCACUCGAAUGUACGGUUUGAUGGAAGGAAAGUGGCUGCCAUCUGCGUCAAGCCUUCGCUACUUGAGCGACGACAAGGGUCGCAUCCUCAGUGAAGAAGAGCGAGCUAAGGAGACCGUCUACAUCCAGAAAAUGGAGAGGGAGAGGAUGGAGAAGAAAAAGAAGAAGGAAGCUGAGCAGGAGAGAGCUGAGAGGGAGAAGGCAGAUAAGGCAGGAGGAGAAGCUCAAAAGAGCUGAACUGGGACAUGUGUUUGUUGGCCAACUUCGAACCUGCAGCUGCUGUUUCUUGCUUUACAGAUAAAAUAAGAUGUACAUAAGUUUGUCCGACUGUGUUAUUAAGGUUUGGUGCUUGUGUAUGGUUUGGUGACCAUCAAUGUGUUGAUGUGAGAAUUAUAUAUGCUCCAUGUGGCUGUUGUAUAUAUUGUGGUCUUUGCCCCUCAAAUGUCUUUCCAACUAUUUCCUUCUU